ACAGCUCCUGGACUAGACAAAUUAAUCACCAAAGCAGGGUGAAACUACACACGGAAAUAUGUAAGUGUUUGCAAUGCCUUACAAAAGAAACUUUCAGAUUUUUCUAGAAUAAAUUAAAUGAUCUAUUAGGAUUAGGAUGCUCUCUCCCGGAAACACUUUUUUUUCACAGCACCAUAAAUGUAUUAAAGCCAAACAGUGGGGAUACUAAGACAUUAUCUCCAAUAGUCGAUGCUUUAAAUGUAUUCAUCUACGCCAAACACUCUAUUGUUUAUUUUUUUACGAUCAUUUUUAUCACCCUUUCCUGUCCUGCUAUUUGCUCAGACUCACUAAUUGUACGCUUUUAUUUUGACAACCUGACCCAGUCACGAUAUUCGGCGCAUUGUCAUUAGUCUGCGUACUAACGUCCUAAACAGUGUGGUAAAUGAGUACACCACCUACAGUGACCAUGGUAACCUAUGGUGGCGUCGCGUGCUAUUUUAUCAUACUAAUUAGUAAGGUAGUAUGCAGCGCGCGCUCCACACAGCAUCCGAAGCAGCAGCAGGGAGGCAGUGAGUGAAUCGGCGGCGGGGAUGGAGCGGGAUGUGAACAGAUGUUGAACAUGUUAGCGGAAAAAUGGCAUUUCAGCAGUCCGAGCGGAUUUGACAGCUUUCUUCAAACACAGGGUUGAACCCGAGUUUCUUCUCCUGCCCGGAGUCAUGGCUAAAACCAUGAUGCUGUGCCUGAAUCUUCACUCGCUGCUGAUCCUCUGCAUCCUCCUGGAAGGAGCUCUGGGAGAUGGUGCCGAAUUUGACCCCUACAAGAUCCUGGGGGUCACCAAGAGUGCGAGUCAUGCCGAAAUCAAGAAGGUGUAUAAACGCCUUGCUAAAGAAUGGCAUCCUGACAAAAACAAGAACCCAGAAGCAGAAGACAUGUUCAUUAAGAUCACCAAAUCCUAUGAGAUCUUAUCCAACGAAGAAAAAAGAGCCAAUUACGAUCGCUACAAGCAGACCAGCUCCCAGCCUUACGGGCCUCGCGGCUUCCGUCACUUCCACGACAACUUCUACUUCGACGAGUCCUUCUUCAACUUCCCCUUUAAUAGCGAGGGCGGCCGCGACGCCACUGACAGCAAGUACACUUUGCACUACAACCGGUACAUCGACGAAGUCGUAUCCGACAGCUUCAAAAGACCAUAUCUGAUCAAGAUCACCUCGGACUGGUGCUUCAGCUGCGUCCACAUGGAUCCCGUGUGGAGGGAGGCCGUGCAGGAGCUCGAGACUCUCGGUGUAGGAAUAGGCGUGGUCGACGUUGGCUACGAGAGACGCUUGGCGAAUCAUCUGGGCGCUCACCGCACUCCGUCCAUACUCGGUGUCGUCAACGGAAAAGUGACUUUCUUUAACUACGCUCUGGCCAAGGAGCACCUCAUGCAGUUUGUGGAAGACCUGCUCCCUCAGAGACUGGUCGAGAAGGUCACAGACCGGAAUGACGGCGACUUCCUGAAGAGCUGGUACGACGUUAACAAACCCCACGUUCUGCUUUUUGAUCAAGUGCCUGCGGUUCCUCUGUUGUAUAAGCUGACUGCGUUUGCCUAUAAGGACUACGUGCAGUUUGGCUACGUGGACCAGGGUCUGUCCGAGACGGCCAACCUGCUCAAGCAGUACAACAUCAACACUUAUGCUCCAACCAUGCUCGUCUUCAAGGAGAACACGGAUAAACCGGCCGACAUCAUACAGGCUAAAGGGAUGAAAAAACAAAUAAUUGAUGAAUUCAUCUCCAACAACAAAUUUCUUCUUGCCCCUCGUCUGGUGAACCAGAAGGUCUUUGAUGAGCUUUGUCCCGUCAAGCAGUUCCAUCGGCGCAGAAAAUUCUGUGUUCUGCUCAUCACCGGUGAGGAGGAAGUCUUUGUCCCAGGAAACAAAGCCUUCUUGUCUUUGGCCUCUGCGAACACUGAGGAGGUUCUGCGCUUUGCUUAUGUGUACCAACGCCAGCAGCAGCCUCUGUGUGCUGUGCUGCUGAAGAACAGAGACACUCCACCACAGGUGGUGAUCCUGGAGCGGCGUAACGGGGCCGGUAAGGUGCUCUUCAAGCCCGUCCAGGGCGGCUGGAACGGCAGCGAGGAGGACAAACACAAACUGCUGGAGGAGCUAGAGCGGCUACGGAAAGACCCCUCCGUCCUUACCCAUGAUGCAACGCUGCCUGAGCUCAAUAACGAGUUCGCUUCAAUGUUUUUAAUCAGAUGGAUUUAUGCAGCGUAUGACUACUUGUCUGAAAUUAUUGAUGAUGCUCUCCACAAUAAUUGGCGUGAAAUAAUGCCUCUGAUGUCUCUGAUAUUCUCUGCACUAUUCAUCCUGUUUGGCACGGUGAUUAUUCAGGCUUUCAGUGAUUCUGGUGACGAGAAACAGACAAAAUCAAAGGCGAAAGAAGCAGCGAAGCCCCAGAAUGGAUCACCGAGCACCGCCAACACUUCCAGCCGUCCACCGAAGAAGAACUUUGUGGAGGUGACCGAGUUAACGGAUAUCACUUAUACCAGUAAUUUGGUAAAGUUGAGACCAGGCCAUAUCAACGUGGUGCUGGUGCUUACGGACGCAACCAAAAACAUUCUGCUCAGCAAGUUCGCCAAGGAGGUUUACUCCUUCACUGGGAGCCAGACGCUGCAUUUCUCCUUCCUGAAUGUGGACAAGCACAACGAGUGGAUGUCCACCCUGCUGGAAUAUGCCCAGGACGCCAUGCAGCUGGAGGCGGACGAGGAGGAGGAGGCCAGCAACCGCAAAGCAGACUACACGGGCUACGUGCUGGCGCUCAACGGUCAUAAGAAGUACCUGUGUCUGUUCAAGCCAGUGUACACAGGCGAGGACGCUAACAGCAGGCCGGAGGAGGAGGCGGGGAGUUCCAGAUCCAGGUCGAGCUCGAGAGAUGAGCACCAGCACAGGAAAGGAGGGGCACGCUCGCGUUCCACAACUCUCCACAUCCACCACAAACUGGACCGACUGGGACUGUGGAUGGAACGGCUGAUGGAGGGCACGCUACCUCGCUACUACAUCCCGGCCUGGCCCGGCCUGGACAAGAUCACGGUCAAUAAGUAGAGCUUUUUCUUGCACGCUGUUGAAGGACACAAUAUUGGUUCUCGGGGAUCAGUUUCUCAUCACUCCUAUUGCAGUGUAACGGCCAUUGGGUGGCGCUGUAGGCGGACUAUGUGAUCUCAGAGCUCCGACCUUGAUCUUACACAGAUGCAGUAAAUGACCUGAGUCUAAUAGUAGCUCCGUUUAACCAUGAUGCUGCGCCAUAACCACUGAACGCUGCUCCAGCCGCUACUUUAAAGGUACAGUAGAUAGGAAUGUCUGUUAAUACAUGACCAGAAAUUACAUCAUAUCAGGAAAAAUCCACCCUGAACGACUUGCAUAUUAAUCUUCAGUCAUAACGUAAGAUUCAAUGACGUCUAAGACUCAUUUUGCGAUGAAUUCUGAGUUAAAUGGCUUUCAUCAAUGUUUAUUGUUUCCUAUAUUACCCACAAUACCGUUCGACAACCUGCUGGUAGUGCUGCGGUGGGAUUUAGCCUUUGCUCCAUCUCUGCCUAAAGAGAGCGACGCAGCUGCGCUUUUGGAUCUUGAUCUAUGUCGGCUCGCUCGUUAAUAUGACAUCAAACAACGCUGUAAAGUGUUGAUUUCUUUAAAAUGGGAAAAUUGCUUUGUUUUUGUUUUCAGGAUCCAACAGCAUUAACAGUUUAUCCCUUAUGUUUGUUUAAACCUUUUGUCUUCAGUUAAACACCACGGUCAAUGCGCCAGUAGUAACAGUGUCUUCCUGUGACAUCUGUGCCGCACCAGGAUCACUGAAGACAUCACAAUUAGUUCAGUACAAACAUAUUUAAUGUGUUUCAGGGUGGAGAUUUCCUUAAGACACGGCGAUAUGAAGUGAAAGCUUUCUGUAGUUGGAAAAUGCCUUUAAAAAAAAACAAAAAAACAUCUCGCUCACCUUUAACAGCUAAUGGGUUGAAAUCGAGGAUUUCAGCUGAUACAAGGCAUAACCUGAUCCUCUGCCAUGCACACUAUGGUCACUUUCAUCUGUGAAGUGUAGCAUGAACUAAAUAACUAAGUGUGGGAAGAUCUCCUUUUUCAGUUUUCAUUUAAACACCUAAACAGCAAAAUAUUUCAUAAUAAUCGUUAGUAUUUUUAACAAUAAUGUCAGUAUUAAGCAUACUCAUACAU